AUGUUGGGCCAGAGUAUCCAGAGGUUCACCACCUCCGUGGUGCGUCGCAGUCACUGUGAGGAGGGUCCGGGGAAGAAUUUGCCGUUUUCAGUGGAAAACAAGUGGCGGUUAUUGGCUAUGAUGACCGUGUACUUUGGAUCUGGAUUUGCUGCUCCUUUCUUUAUAGUAAGGCACCAGCUACUUAAAAAAUAAAGAUAUUUAAUUCAUCCCAUUAACAGAAUGAAGAAAGUGUAAGAGAUA